AUGAGACCUCCACUUACAGGAGGACGUGGUGGUGGUGGUGGAUUUAGAGGUCGUGGCGGAGAUGGAGGGUUCAGGGGUGGACGCGGUGACCGAGGCCGUGGUGGCGGCGGAAGAGGAGGUUUUGCCACGAGAGGUCGUGGUGGAGGCCGUGGUGAUCGUGGCCGUGGUGGACGCGGUGACCGUGGCCGUGGAGGUCGUGGAGGAAUGAAAGGAGGAAGCAAAGUCAUUGUGGAGCCUCACAGACACGCAGGAGUGUUCAUAGCUAAGGGUAAAGAAGAUGCACUUGUUACUAAGAACUUGGUUCCUGGUGAAGCCGUUUACAACGAGAAGAGGAUCUCUGUUCAGAACGAAGAUGGAACUAAGGUUGAAUACAGAGUUUGGAACCCUUUCCGCUCUAAAUUAGCUGCUGCUAUUCUCGGUGGUGUUGAUAACAUUUGGAUCAAACCUGGUGCCAAAGUUCUUUACCUUGGUGCUGCUUCUGGAACCACCGUCUCUCAUGUGUCUGAUCUUGUUGGCCCUGAGGGAUGUGUUUAUGCUGUUGAGUUUUCUCACAGAAGUGGUAGAGAUUUGGUGAACAUGGCAAAGAAGAGAACUAAUGUUAUUCCAAUCAUUGAAGAUGCUAGACACCCUGCUAAGUACAGAAUGCUUGUAGGCAUGGUUGAUGUCAUAUUUUCUGAUGUUGCUCAACCUGAUCAGGCAAGAAUCUUGGCCCUGAAUGCCUCAUUUUUCCUCAAAACCGGAGGACACUUUGUUAUCUCAAUCAAGGCCAACUGCAUUGACUCUACUGUUCCAGCAGAAGCAGUGUUCCAGAGCGAGGUGAAGAAGCUGCAGCUUGAGCAGUUUAGGCCAGCAGAACAGGUGACUCUUGAGCCGUUCGAGCGUGACCAUGCUUGUGUUGUCGGCAACUACCGCAUGCCCAAGAAACAAAAGGCUGCAGCCACAUAG